GCCCUCUUUUGCCUGCAAAAAACGCGAAUCUCACCCUCGAAAAUCAAUUUUUUACACCAAAAAAAUAAAAAAAGAACAACGAAAUUAAAAAAAAAAUACUCGUGAAAACGGAUCCUCAACAACACGAACCUGAGUAACUGAAACCCUAACCCUAGCGGCCGCGGCUUUGCUUUCUUAAUUUAUCAGUGUUUUUGAUUUUUCCCUUUUCUGUUAAUUCGGGAAUCUACACCGAAUAGUUUCAAAUAUUACGGUUAGGGCUAUGCUCUGUUUUUAGGGUUUCGAAUUAUUUUAUUUAUUUUGGUUAGGAAUUAGAAAUUAGGGUUUAGGUUUCCGUUAUGAAAUUAUCAGCAUAUGCUGGUGGCGGUGGUGGGGGAUGGCGUAUUAAAUGACCGGAGGCAGAUGUCCCCGGCGGAAGAAGAUGAUGGGUAGGUGUCCUGACGGAGGUUGCGGCACCGACGAAAGGCCUUGCCGCCUUAAUACUAGGGUUCCGGCGACCCAACCUGAAAAUUCUCUAAAACAGAAGCAGACCGCUCCAAUUAAUAACGUUGAUUUCUUCUCUCAGGCACGUAAGGCAUUAAGUGAACGCUCUCCAUUUGAUGUCCCCGAGGAUGGGUCGGGCAGUUCAAGUGUAACAACUUUGCCUGGUGGAUUAGCUAACCUUCUCAAGCAAUCUGAUAGCAGUAGAAAGAAACAUAAGAGAUCACAUUCUACUUCUGAUAAAAAAAAGUCAUCCUCCAACCGUUCUAAAGGAGGAAAUAUUUGGGUUGAGACUGAGGAUUACUUUAGAGAUGUAGCAUUGCCAGAUAUUGAUGCUUUGUACGAAUUGUCUUCUUCCCUUAAGUGUUUAGGUACUAGUCAGUGUUUUUCGAUUCCUAAUGUUGGAAAUGAGAAAAAUGAUAGUAACCUGACCCUGAAUUGCGACAGUGGAAAUGCCCAGGAGACUGCAGAUACCAGUUUAGUUAUGAAGAAUGGAAAUGAACAUGGGACUGAAGUUCAAGUAAAGAAUGAGGUAAAGCAAGAAGAAGAACAGUUCAUGGAAAUUGAUAGUGUUGGAGCUCAAAGUGACAGAGCUAAGUGUGUACCUGAGGAUAGUGCAGAUUGUUUGGUUCAUGAGGAAGGAAAGGUUUCUGCCAAUUCAACUUCUUCUAGCUGCUUAGAGUGGCUAUUAGGGUGUAGAAGUAGGACUGUUUUGACUUCAGAACGGCCAUCGAAGAGGAGGAAACUCUUAGGUACGGAUGCAGGUUUGGAGAAGGUUCUGGUGGGCUCACCUUGUGAAGGGAAUACAUCAUUAUGUGAUUUUUGCUGCAAGAGCGAGAUCAGUGAUGAGUCAAAUCCAUUAGUUGUUUGUUCUUCUUGUAAGGUUGCUGUUCAUUUGAACUGUUAUGGUGUGCAAGGGGAUAUAGAUGAAUAUUGGCUGUGUUCCUGGUGUAAGUUCAGGACGGAUGGUGACUAUUCAGUGAAGCAGCCUUGUGUUCUUUGCCCAAAGCAGGCUGGUGCUCUAAAACCUAUUAGGCCAGAAAAUGGCGACUCUGUUACUGAGUUUGUUCAUUUGUUUUGCUCUUUAUGGAUGCCCGAGGUCUUUGUUGAGGUGUUAACAAAGAUGGAAAACAUAAUGGGUGUGAAUUUAAUACCGGAAACACGAUGGAAAUCAGUGUGCAGUGUAUGCAAGGUGAAGCACGGUGUUUGUGUUCGCUGCAGUAAUGGAAAUUGUAGACUUGCAUUUCAUCCCAUUUGUGCAAGGGAGGCAAAACAUAGAAUCGAGGUGUGGGGAAAACAUGGAUCUGAGGAUAGACAAGAAGUCUUCAAUUCAGUUGAAUUACGGGCUUUUUGUUUCAAGCACUCAGAAUUGCCUGAGGGCAGAACUAAUCUGCAAUUAGGAAAUAAAGCUGUCAGCAGUGACUCAACCAAUAAACAACAUAAUUUGAGGAUUGGUCGAAAUGGAGAUAAAGUUGCUGUCCUUAUAGAAACACCCAAUAUCAUUUCUGAUAUAUCUGGUGAUAGUGCAUCACGGGAAAUUGUAUUGUCCGAUUCCAGAUCAAAUGAUGUGCUUAUCUCAGAAUCUGCAGAUGGGGACCAGGUCAGUAACAUUGAUAUGUCUGAGAGAAGUGACGGCGAGGCUGUUAACCUUCCAGAUUCACUAAAUGUUACUCUUAUUUUGAAAAAGCUAAUUGACCGUGGAAAAGUCAAUCUGAAAGAUUUAGAAUUGGACAUUGGCAUCUCACCUGAGUCAUUACGUUCAACACUUGAUGAAGAUAGUUUAGUGCCUGAAAUGCAAUGCAAAUUAGUCAAAUGGCUUAGAAAUCAUGCUUAUUUGGGCACCUCACAUAAGAAUAUGAAAGUUCAAAAAGUCACUGUUUUAUCUAAGACUGAAAUGGAAGCAAAUGAUCUUUCUGAUGGUAUAACGUUAUCAGAGUCUGACAUGACAGAUCAUGUUGUGGUAAGGUCAGUCCCCCCACGACGAAGAACAAAAAACAAUGUUAGAAUUCUGCGCGAUAACAAAAUAAUUUGUUCUUCUGAGGAAUAUUCAAGUGACGGGGGGAUGUUGUUGGACGAAUUUAAAGUAGAUCAACGUGUACAUGAAGAACCAGAAAAUUCGACUGAGGUAAUUCAAAAGACAUCAAUAGAGCCUAAUGGGAUCCAUGACGCUUUGGCAGCACAUCUACCUAAAUCUGAAGGCAGCUCAGAUUGUCCCUCAGGCUGUACCCGUUCUGAAAAGGCCGAGUUAGAGCAUACUGCUGGUAUCCUGUAUGGCGACUCAGAUAUGAGUAUAGUCCUUCCUGAUCUUGAAAAAAUCAAAGAAAAUUCUAGUUUAUAUGUGCACCCGUACAUCCAUAAGAAACUGUUGCAGAUGCAGAGUGGCUUGUUUUUAGAAGACACUUUUUAUGGGUCAGAAGAUUUGAGGGUGGGAGAAACCUGCUGUCUGGAAGCGUCAUCCAAUACUGGUGUCUGCUGUGAUCACCAAACUAGCCAUCCACAAUGUAACGAUCUUUGCAGAUUUGAUGAAGUAAAUCCAGAGCAGUUUGUUAAGGCUAAAAAAUUGGGUGUUCAAGAAAUGUCUCCAGUGGAUGAAGUAGAAGGAGAAAUUAUUUACUUUCAGCAUAGGUUGCUCAGUAAUGCAAUAUCAAGAAAGCGCUUUACAGAUAACUUAAUUUGUAAAGUUGUCAAGAGUUUACCACACGAGAUUGACAUAACCAGGUCUCAAAAAUGGGAUGCAGUGCUUGUUAAUCAGUAUCUAAAUGACAUUAGAGAAGCAAAAAAGCAGGGAAGAAAAGAAAGAAAGCAUAAAGAGGCACAGGCUGUGCUGGCAGCUGCAACUGCAGCUGCUGCAGCUUCUUCGAGGAUUUCAUCAUUUAGGAAGGACGUAUACGAUGAAUCUUCUUAUCAGGAGAAAUUUAAUAUUUCUAAUGGGAGGGCUGGAAUUUCUUCUCAGCUGUUGUCACGUACGAAAGAGACACUAUCAAGGGUGGCGAUUCCAAGAAAUUCUUCAGAGAAGUACUCUGAAUUUGUUCAAUCUGUUUCAGAUUUUUCAAAAGAGCACCCUAGAUCAUGUGAUGUUUGCAGAGGAUCUGACACUAUACUGAACCCUAUUUUAGUUUGUUCCAGUUGCAAGGUUGCUGUUCACUUGGACUGCUACCGUAGUGUCAGAGAAUCUACUGGUCCAUGGUAUUGUGAAUUAUGUGAUGAAUUAUUAUCAUCUAAAUCCUCUUCAGCCGGUUCACUUGAUUUCUGGGAAAAGAACUAUUUUGAGUGUGGUUUAUGUGGUGGAACCACCGGGGCCUUUAGAAAAUCUAGUGAUAAUCAAUGGGUGCAUGCCUUCUGUGCGGAGGUGGAUAUCUUGAUUUUGUGGGUGUUUGAACCAACAUUCAGAAGGGGACAAGUGAAUCCUGUUGAAGGAAUGGAUACAGUUGGUAAAGGAAUUGAUCAUUGCUGUAUUUGCCGUCGCAAACAUGGUGUCUGCAUAAAGUGUAGCUAUGGUCAUUGUCACACCACGUUCCAUCCUUCCUGCGCUAGAAGUGCAGGCUUUUACAUGAAUGUUAAGUCUCUUAAUGGAAAGUUGCAGCACAAGGCUUAUUGUGAAAGACAUGGGUUGGAACAGAAGACAAAGGCUGAAACUCAAAAGCAUGGAGCUGAUGAGUUAAGGAGCAUGAAGCAAAUCAGGGUUGAGUUGGAGAGGCUUCGUCUUCUUUGUGAGAGAAUCAUUAAACGUGAAAAGAUAAAGCGGGAUUUGGUCCUUUGCUCUCAUAGCAUUCUUAGUUGCAAAAGAGACCAUGUUGCUCGUUCUGUGCUUGCCCAUAAUCCUUUUUUCCAUCCAGACAUCAGUUCUGAAUCAGCUACAACAUCCCUUAAAGGCAAUAUAGAAGGUUAUAGAUCAUGUAGUGAUGCAAUGCAAAGAUCAGAUGACGUAACAGUAGACAGCAAUAUUUCUGUUCUGCACAGAGUUAAAGUCACCAUGGACACUGAUCAAAAGACAGAUGAUAGCUCCACAUCGCAAAGCCUGUUUAAUCGGAAACCUAUGGAGAGGACAACAUUUGCUGGAAAGCAAAUUCCUCACAGAGCUUCCCUUGCUUUGCGCAAUCCUUUGGAUGAUGGAGAAUGGAGCUCUAUAACAAGAAAGCAUUUUGAAACCUUUGAGAAAGAGUUAGUGAUGACAUCAGAUCAAGCAUCUAUGAAGAAUCAGAAGUUACCUAAAGGAUAUUUUUAUAUUCCUGUUGAUUGCUUGCCUAAGGAGAAGCAGAUGAGCCAGGACUUGUGUUCUGGGGAACCUUUGGAAGAACAGAGGUAGAGCGAGUGAACUCUGGAUUUUAAUUUGUGCACUUUGAGAUCCACAACCAUCUGUUGGACGGCUCAACUGCCUUCUGCCUCAGUGCUCUACGUUUCAUUUUAUUUACGGAGGAAGAAAGGCAGAAUGAUGCAGAGAUGAACACGUUUAACAGGAGCGGCAUUAUGAAGGAACAGGCGUUCCCGGGCAUUGUUGUAUAUUCAUUGUGAGAGUAAUUGUACAGUGGGUGAGGUGAGGGGUUAAAUGUAUUACAUGUAUCGCAAGCGGCUCAAAUUCCAGUCUCUGUUGUGGUUGAGAAGCUCUGCUUCUUUCUUUUAUCUUUACGCAAGGAAUUAAAGGUAGCGCUGGUGCUUGCUUGUGCUGUAAAGUUAAAUGUAAAUAUAUCUGCAAUGCCAAUCUUAAAAGUAAUUUCACGCA